UGUUUGAUUACUAUAAAAUAUCUCGUGUUGCUCGCUGUAACACGACGCAAGGUGUUAUUUCGUGUAAAAAAUUGUUAUUUUUCUCAACGUGGGCAUAGUUUAUCUCCUAAACCGAUAUCCCCACGAAAUAAUAACCCGAACCAACCGGUAUCGCGUGUUUUAGAAAUAAACAGAACGAUUACUUGUUUUGCAGCACUUUUUAUAGUCAUUAACUGUUUUGAAAAUAAAGCGCAUUUUUUUCUACAAAAUUAUUGUAUAAAAACUACCUUCUAUCGUGAUACAUCAGUCAGUUUGUUGAAAUCUUGAAGAUGGAAGAUGAACCGGUCCAACCAGGAGUCACGCAAGCCGACUUCAUUAAAAAGGAGUUAAAUUUCGAUGCGAACGUAGAAGAUCCGAUGACACAAGCGACAUUGAACAAUCGUCCGACCGAAGACGGGAUAGACAUUUUAGGGCACGGGCAAUUGAAAAAGAAAGUCGUCAAACCGGGAAAACCUGGAACGCGACCGAACAGAUCGGACAUUUGUACUCUAAAAAUCAUUGGCAAAUUGAAGGACGGCACGGUAGUCGAGGAAUACGAGGACCACAAGAUUCAAUUGGGCGACGUCGAAGUGAUUCAGGGAUUAGAUUUAGCGAUUGCGCUUAUGGACGUAGAUGAAAUCGCUGAAAUAGAAGUGGAUCCAAGAUUUGCUUACGGUCAUUCAGGAAAACCGCCGAGCAUACCACCCGAUGCUGUUCUUACGUACACGGUUGAGUUGAAAUCUGUCGAAUUGGAAGAAGAAAUAGAUAGUCUUAGCAUUAAUCAACGAAAAGAAAUUGGCAAUAGCAAACGAGAGCGUGGUAAUUGGUGGUUCACUCGUAAUGAACCAACGCUUGCGAUUCAGUGUUACCGUAGAGCAUUGGAGUUUCUGGUACCGAUGGAGAGUCGUACGUCAUAUCAAAACGAAGUGGAAGAUAGCACCACUGACGCAGAGUUGCAAGCGUUGUUGGAGGAUCGUAUGAAACUGUACAAUAACCUAGCAGCUGCACAAAUCAAAACGCAGGCUUACGACGCUGCUUUGAAAAGUGUGGAAUGUGUUUUGAGUUGUCAGCCGCAGAAUGUGAAAGCGCUUUUUAGAAAAGGGAAACUGUUGCACUACAAAGGAGAGCACGCGUUGGCGUAUCAAGUAUUGCUUCAGGCGGCGAAGUUGAAGCCAGAAACGAAAGCUAUUCAAACAGAGUUGGCGAUUUUAAGAAAAAAGAACGCUAAGGACGCCGAGCAUGAGAAAAAUCUCUAUCGCAAGAUGCUUGGUACGUGUAAGACUAAAAAAAAGGAGAAUAAAGGUGCGAUUAAAAGUUACGUGGAGCUGAAUUCGAAGCUUACGUGGAGCUUGAUAGGUGGCGCGACAGCAGCAGUCGUCGGUGUACUUUUGUACAGAGUUAUUUCUUGAAAACGAGAUCGCGAAGAUGAAUGGAAUUGAUAAAAUAACACCCAGGAUAAAUAUUCGAAAAUGUACCGAUACGUGAUCGUUUAAUGAAUCAUUUAUUUAUUACGAAAUAUAGGUAUAAAAAGCAAACAAACUGUAAAACCAUGGUACUUUGAAUAAUGCAUUGAUAAAUAAAAGAAGAGGAUUAAAUAUUGAUCGAAAUUUGUUCGAAUUUUGUAUUGUACAUUGUCUGCUGAAAUUCUUUACGGUUUAUUUAUUUAUAUAGUACAUUCACAUUAA